AUGACGGGGCUGAGUUUGUGGGCGCUGCUGGCGCUGCUGGCGCCGGGGGGCUGCUCCCCUCGCGAGGGCUUCCUCUUCCCUUUCGGCUCGGCUCGGGGCGACGAGGCGUUGGAAGCGGGGGACGAUGUCAGCUCCGCGCCCCUCUUGCUCGACACGCCGCUGCACUUCUACGGCUCUAGCGUCCACUCCCUCUAUGUUCUUACUAAUGGCAUCAUAGCAGUGAGUAAGCCAUCAAGAGAAGAUGACUAUCUUGGUCAAUUUCCUCUUAGUUUUGGAGGUCUUGCUCCCUUUUACGCUGACUUGGAUACUACAGGUGGACAUGGAAAUGUGUAUUACAGGGAAGAUUCUUCCCCUGAGAUCCUCCAACUUGCUGCCAAGUACAUCAAAAGGGGCUUUCCAAAUGCUACCUUUGAUCCAGAGAGUGUUGUCAUUGUUACCUGGGAUUCUGUGGCUCCUUAUGUAGGAUCUAGACAAGAUGCUACUUUACAGGUGAAGAGAAACACAUUCCAGGCUGUUUUAGCGUCUUCUGAUUCUAGUUCCUAUGCGGUUUUCCUUUAUCCAGAAGAUGGCCUGCAGUUCUAUAGUACACAUUCCAAAAAUGAUAACACAGUUGUUCCAGCAACUGUUGGCUUCAGUCAACCUUCUACAUAUUAUUUCCUAUGGGUAAAAGCUGGAUCGUACAAUAUAAUUGCUAAUGAUGAAGAGAUCCUUAGGAAUCUGUGCAAGGCCAGCAAUUUGGGACAACCUGGAGUUUGGGCAUUUGAGAUUGGUGGCUCAAAUGAUAUCCUAUCGGCCAAAGGUACUCAUUCUCCUGCCAGUGUAGAAUACAACGACUAUGAGCAAUUCCAGGAUGUGACCAUAGACCCUUCCAUUCUCCAACAAGAUCCCAUUGAAAUAAGCCAUCCAGAAGUCUCCUAUGAAGUUUCUGACAGAGGAGAUAAUUUUCAGACUGGAUACAUCUUACCUCAGCCAGCAAUAGAAGAUGAUUUUCAGCUUCCAUACCAAACUUUAACUGAUCAACCUCCAGUUAAACUUCCACCCCCGACAGGGAAAAAUCCACCUCUACAGUUUCCAAUUCAUCAAUUUCCCAACCAGCAUGCUCAGAUUAUUGAAGUAGAAGAAGAUGAUGAAACUGGAAUUGUGUUCCGUUACAAUACAGAUGUCCAGCAAAGCUGUGCAAACAACCGCCAUCAGUGUUCAGUUCAUGCUGUUUGCAAAGACUACCCAAGUGGCUUUUGUUGCAGUUGUAUUGUUGGCUACAAAGGAAAUGGCAGGCAAUGUGUAGCUGAAGGUUCUCCUCAGCGAGUCAAUGGAAAAGUCAAAGGACGGAUCUUUGUUGGAAACAACCCAGUACCAGUUGUAUUUGAGAACACUGACCUCCACUCAUAUGUUGUGAUGAACCAUGGGCGUGCAUACACGGCCAUUAGCACAAUUCCAGAGACUUUGGGUUUCUCCUUGCUUCCUCUCGCUUCCAUUGGGGGUAUCAUUGGAUGGAUGUUUGCCGUGGAACAGGAAGGUUACCAAAAUGGAUUCAGUGUUACUGGUGGCGAGUUUACAAGGCAAGCAGAAGUUACAUUCCUCAGCAACAAUGAAAAGCUGAUCAUUAAGCAGAAGUUCAGUGGGAUUGAUGAACAUGGGCAUCUUACAAUCAGCACGGAACUUGAAGGCAAAGUACCUGAGAUCCCUUUUGGCUCAUCCGUCCAUAUAGAACCCUACACUGAGAUCUAUCAUUCUUCUAGUUCAGUUAUCACAUCAUCUUCUACCAGAGAGUACACUGUGACGGAGCCAGAAAGAAAUGGAGUAUCACCAACAUAUACAGUUUCUUAUCAAUGGCGACAAACGAUUUCAUUUGAUGAAUGCAUCUAUGAUGAUUCUCAUCAUUCUGGGUCAGCCACUCAGCAGCUAUCAGUGGACAGUGUCUUUGUCUUAUACAACAAAGAGGAGCAGAUUUUGCGAUAUGCGAUGAGCAAUUCAAUUGGCCCAAUUGAUGGUUCGGGUGAUGUAAGCCGCAAUCCUUGUUACACAGGCAGCCAUGGCUGUGAUAUUAAUGCAGUUUGUCGUCCAGGAACAGGCAAUCAAUUUACCUGUGAAUGCUCGGUGGGUUUCCGGGGAGAUGGACGGACAUGUUAUGAUGUAGAUGAAUGCCAGGAGCAGCCAACUGUGUGUGGCAGUAAUGCUGUGUGUAAUAAUCAGCCAGGAACUUUCCGAUGUGAAUGUUUAGAGGGUUAUCAGUUUUCAGAUGAUGGGCGAACAUGCAUAGCUGUUGACCGUGAAGUGAAUCAUUGUUUGAUGGGUUCACACACCUGUGAUAUCCCCCAACGUGCCCGCUGCAUCUACUCUGGUGGAUCUUCUUAUAUCUGUGCGUGUAUUCCGGGAUUUUCUGGAGAUGGACGCUCCUGCAUAGAUGUAGAUGAAUGUCAACAGAACCGCUGCCAUCCAGAUGCUGUCUGCUACAACAGCCCAGGGUCCUUCAGCUGCCAGUGCAAAGCAGGUUAUUAUGGAGAUGGCUUCCACUGUGUACCACAAGAAGUAGAAAAGACCAAAUGUCAAAGAGAACAAGAACAAAUUCUGGCUUUGAGCCCAAGAGGACCUAGGCCAAUUGGCCAAUUUAUUCCCCAGUGUGAUAUCUAUGGGAAUUACUUGCCAACCCAGUGCCAUCCUAGCACUGGCUAUUGCUGGUGUGUGGAUAGAGAUGGUAAUGAGAUGGAUGGCACUAGAAGUGGCCCAGGUAUCCAGCCUCCAUGUCUGGGCACAGUUGCUCCUCCUGUUACAAUGGGACCCACGGUAAAACCAGAUGCAAUUCCCUUGCCUCCAGGAAGCCACUUACUCAUUGCUCAAAGUGGGAAGAUUGACCAUGUCCCUAUGGAGGGGAAUGUUAUGAAGAAAUCAGAUGCAAAAGCUUUGCUGCACGUGCCGGAUAAAGUUGUUAUUGGAGUUGCUUAUGACUGCUUGGAGAAGAUGGUUUAUUGGACAGAUAUCAGCAGCCCAUCCAUCAGUAGAGCAAGCCUUGGUGGAGGAGAGCCAGUAGCCAUCAUAAAGACAGAUUUGGAAAGUCCUGAAGGAAUAACACUGGAUCACCUUGGUCGCACGAUCUUCUGGACUGAUUCUCAGCUUGACAGAAUAGAGGUAGCCAGAGUAGAUGGCACCCAUCGACGUGUAUUGUUUGACACUGAGCUGGUGAAUCCUCGAGCGAUUGUUGCAGAUCCUGUGAGGGGAAAUCUUUAUUGGACAGACUGGAACAGAGAAGCUCCUAAAAUUGAAACCUCAUAUAUGGAUGGUACCAAUAGAAGAAUUCUUGUUAAGGAUGAUUUGGGACUGCCAAAUGGGCUGACAUUUGACACCUAUUCUUCAUUGUUGUGCUGGGUAGAUGCAGGAACCAAAAGAGUAGAAUGUAUGGAUGUCAAUCGGCAUAGCCGUCGAAAGAUCCUUGAAGGAAUUCAAUAUCCUUUUAGUGUUACAAGCUAUGGGAAGAAUUUAUUUUACACUGACUGGAGAAGAGAUGCUGUGGUAGCAGUGGAUCGCACAAUCUCUAAAGAGAAUGAUAACUUUCAACCCUAUAAGCGCACUCGUCUUUAUGGAAUAACGACUGCCUUGGCCCAAUGUCCAGCAGGACAUAACUACUGUUCCGUGAAUAAUGGAGGCUGUACCCAUCUAUGUCUGGCUACCCCAGGAGGCCGUUCUUGCCGAUGCCCAGAUAACAUCAUUGGAGUGGAUUGUAUAGAAAGGAACUGAUAACUGUAGCUCCCACCUUGGGGAACUGCACUGCCACUAAGUAAGCAGCCAGUUUCCUUAAGAUAAUGGAAAGAUCCUUAAGAUAAUUACUGCUGUUUCCCCUGGAGCUGGAAGCACACUGCAAUCGGAUAUUGGCACUUCUUUGCAGCCAUUUGUUAUGCAUUUCUUUUUUUAAAAGAAACAAAAGAACACAAAAUGUAACAACUAUCUGUAACUGUGCCAAUUAAAUAAAAACUCCUAAAUCAUGUAUUGUAUGAAUUAUGGUAACAAGCUGUUACAAAGAGCAAGAGAAUCAAAUAUUAAACAUCCAUGUUUAUUUAGUAUGCAAUCAUAUUUUGGCAAUUCAUGUAUAACUUAUAAUUAGUACAACAGAAUGCCGGGCAGUAAAACACCAAGCAGGAAUUUAAUGAAAUGACUUGAAGCCCAAAAUGUAGGAGUUUAUUUGUAAUGAUAAUCAGCUACCUAAGCCAAAGAGAAUCUCAUUUUUUUAUGCCAAAUAUCUUAAGUACAAUCACUUUUCCACAAAACCCUUGAGAAUAUAAAUAAUAUUAGAUGCUCUAUUAAGAAGAAUGAAAGAUAACAUUUUUUUUCUAGUAGAAGUAGUCCUCGCUUAGCAACUGUCGUGGAUAGCUAUUAUUCAUAAAUAUGAUGGUAAUAAAUGGUAAUUAAAAAUCAUUUUCCAACCAAUGCACGCAUUUAUGACCAAAAGAAACCCUCUUUAGUUUAGAAACUGAUUAAAGUCUGGUCAGUUUCAGACAGCAACUGCCAGCAUUGGAGGGGAAGAGCUUGUUAACUUGGGGGUUAGCACUUUUUAGGCAAGUGCUGGGCUGUGGAUAAAAGUAACUCAGUAAUAGCUUGUUUAAGCAAUCUCUCUGCAAGAGGGGGGAAAAAGGAAAAAAUCAGGCAUAGGGCACUGUAUGAGACACCUUUUCUGAAGGAGAAGGCAGCAACGAGUGAUCUUUGCAGUGUCUCUUCUUUCUGUCAUACAUCCACUUAGUGUCCAUUUCACUUAACAACUGAUUCGUUGGAACCAAUAGCUGUCUCUGAAUGAGGACUACUAGUAGUUUCUUUGUGUCCAAUUUAGAUGUGCUUUUUAAUUACAUAUGGCAAGACCAAUUGCUAUUGUGAAACAACCCACUAGGUAGAUGGAUUGUUUUCUUUAGUCAUUGUGUUUAUUCUACGAUUUCCUUGAUAUUAAGAAAAAAAGGAGUAGAGUUUCUGUGCCACUUCCUAGCAUUCAAAUUAACAAAGUAGAGUCUUAUAACCCACAAUGUCUCGGGUUAAUAAAAAUGUUUCCAAAUGGUUUAGGAAGAUUUGCUUCUGUGGUAAAGUAUAUGUACAGCCCAACAAGCAAAUCAAAUUUGUCAAGAUAGCUGUUCUAAAAGGCAGCAAUUUAUUUUUUUAAGAAAAUAAAAUGUGCAUCAGAAAUAAUAGCUCACCAGACUUCCAUGUAAGGAAAGCAGAGCCAAUAUUAAGUCUCUGAUUACAUUUUCAUGUUAUAUUUAUCAUUGAAAUAUAAAAUACAGUAUUAAAUGUUUAAAUUUGAUAUAACUUUUGUAUAACUUUAAUACAUUUAAUUUUUUUUAUUCUGUUAGAAAUAUCUGAAACUGUAAAUCAAAAAAAAAAACUGCUGAAACAAACAAAAGGUGCUUUUUAAAAAUAGUAACCAGUGUUAUUUCAAGUUCAGGUGACAAAGAAAGUUUACACUGUAAUGAAAUAAUUU